UGGUUGCUUUAACUAAGAUGAAGUAAAUCCGUGGUUGAUAUUAUGGCCCGAUUCCCAGUUGUACCCCUUCCUCCAAUUUCUGCAUGUUCAGAAAAAAAAAAAAAUGAUGUAAUUUGAUUCAAUGCAGAUGAUAGAAUGGAAAAAGACUGGGGUAUCCAACCUGGCCGGAGAGAUAUCUUUGUUGAGCGGACUAGCUCUCUGGAUCACAACAUUCCCUCGCAUUCGCCGGAAAGCCUUCGAGCUCUUCUUCUACACUCAUUACCUCUACAUAAUCUUCGUCGUCUUCUUCAUCCUUCACGUCGGAAUCAAUUACGCCUUCAUCAUGCUCCCUGGCUUUUACCUCUUCCUCAUCGACCGUUGCUUAAGACUCUUACAGUCCCAACAGAAAGUUCGUCUAGUCUCUGCUCGAGUUUUGCCAUGCAACACUAUCGAACUUAAUUUCUCCAAAAGCCCAGAUUUGUGCUAUAAUCCUAAGAGCAUUUUGUUUGUAAACGUGCCUGGAAUUUCUAAACUACAAUGGCAUCCCUUCACAAUUUCUUCAAGCAGUAAUUUGGAGCCAGAAAGGAUAAGUGUGGUGAUCAAAACUAAGGGAAGUUGGUCAAGGAAGCUCUAUGACAUGGUUUCAUCUCUUUCCAUUGAUCGUCUUGAAGUUGCCCUUGAAGGACCUUAUGGACCUGCGUCAACUCAUUUCCUAAGGCAUGAUAAGCUGGUAAUGGUGAGCGGAGGCAGUGGAAUUACUCCCUUUAUAUCCAUAAUUCGGGAGCUCCUCUACCUAAGCAAAACAUCUAAAUGCAGGAUUCCUAAACUCAUUCUUAUAUGUGCCUUCAAGAAGUCAUCCGAUCUCACCUGGUUAGAACUCAUCAUGCCAAUUUCCGACACCACUUCUGGGCUUUCCACUCUCCCGCUGCAGAUUGAAGCCUACAUAACCAGGGACCAAGCUCCUUCAACAGAUAAUUCGAAGCAGGUUCGCACCGUUUGGUUCAAGCCCCUACCAACGGACAAACCCGUUUCUGCCAUUUUGGGCCCCAACAGUUGGCUCUGGUUUGCGGCCAUAAUCUCAUCUUCGUUCAUCAUCUUCCUCAUCUUGAUUGGGAUCAUCACAAAAUACUACAUUUACCCAAUUGACAAGAACAAUAAUCUAUACAGUUACUUCGCAAAAGCUUCUCUGUAUAUGCUGUUUAUCUGUGCUUCCAUUGCCGCAACAGCAAGUGUGGCAGUUUUUCUAAACAGGAGAAAGAUCGUGAGAGAAACGAGGCAGAUUCAGAACAUGGAAGGACCAACGCCAACGGGGACACCAGAGACAUGGUUCCAUAAUGCUGAUAGAGAAAUAGAAAGCCCCCCACAACAAUCUUUUCUGGAUGCUACCAAUAUUCACUAUGGAAAGAGACCUGACCUAAAGAGUAAGUUGGUAUUUCCCUGAAGAUUGUAAUCUUAAUUUCGUAACAUACCACAUCUGAAGUUACGAAUUUUUCCCUUUUUUGUGUGAAGAGAUGCUGCUUGAGUGUGAAGGAUCUAGUGUUGGAGUUCUUGCGUCUGGACCAAAGAAGCUGAGACAUCAAGUGGCGAAGAUCUGUUCAUCUGGGCUGUUCGAUGAUUUCCAUUUUGAGUCUAUCAGUUUCAGCUGGUGAAAAGUACUUUAAUAUUUCAGUAUAAAAGUAUGGAAUGCAG